GAGAGAGAGAGAGAGAUAAGAGAGAGAUAAGGGAGAGAUAAGAGAGAGAGAGACACACACAGACAGAGACACACAGAGCAAGACAGAGAUUAUUUUUUUUUUAAGAAAAAAUCGUGAAAUCUUUAAUUUAACAGGGAGUGUGGAGUGUGUGUGUGUGUACACGUAAGGCAUCGUGAAGAUGACGACGACGACGAAAUGAUGGGCGAAGCGAAGGGCCCGCCAGAGCGAUCAUCUCCCGGCUGCCUGUGAUUUAACAGAACAUCAAACGAGGAUCACUGGAGAUGAGGUUCAUGCCAACGUGCUGUGCAGAGCGGCGUCAGCGGUGGCGGUGGUGAGGGAGGGAGGGAGGGACGGAGGGAGAUGGCGGGGACGGAGAGAGUCAUCCUGCUCGUGAGCUGCCUGGUGAGCGUGCUACCGCUGGUGGUGAGUGGCGCCGGGGUGAGCGUCAACCCCCACAACAUCACCCGCAUCCUGGACAGCCUCCUGCGGGGUUAUGACAAUCGACUCCGCCCAGGAUUCGGAGGCCCCGUGACUGAGGUGCGCACUGAUAUCUACGUCACGAGCUUUGGUCCCGUGUCUGACGUGGAGAUGGAGUACACCAUGGACGUGUUCUUCCGCCAGACGUGGGUGGACAAGCGUUUGGCCUUCGAGGGCCCUCCCGAGAUCCUUCGGCUCAACAACCUCAUGGUCAGCCAGAUCUGGACCCCCGAUACGUUCUUCCGCAACGGGAAGAAGUCUGUGGCACACAACAUGACAGCUCCUAACAAGCUGUUCCGCAUCAUGAAGAACGGGACAGUCCUCUACACAAUGAGGCUCACCAUCAAGGCCGAGUGCCCAAUGCACCUCGUCAAUUUCCCCAUGGACGGCCACGCCUGCCCACUCAAGUUCGGCAGUUACGCCUACCCCACGACUGAGAUGACGUACACCUGGAGCAAAGGGCUCAACGACUCCGUGGAGGUCCCUCGCGAGUCAUACAGCCUACUCCAGUACGACUUGGUGACUCACACGGUGUCUAGUGAGACCAUCCUGUCUAGUAGGGGUGAGUACGUGGUGAUGACGGUGAACUUCCUCCUGCGCCGCAAGAUGGGCUACUUCAUGAUCCAGACUUACAUCCCCUGCAUCAUGACUGUGAUGCUCUCACAGGUCUCCUUCUGGCUCAACAAGGAGAGCGUGCCAGCACGCACAGUCUUCGGCAUCACCACGGUGCUCACGAUGACCACGCUGAGCAUCAGCGCCCGUGGCUCCCUCCCCAAGGUCUCCUAUGCCACGGCCAUGGACUGGUUUGUCGCCGUCUGCUUCGCGUUCGUCUUCUCCACGCUUGUCGAGUUCGCCGCCGUCAAUUACUUCUCUCACCGGGACGACGACGACGACGACGAUGACGACGCCGACGAUGACGCCGACGCCGCAGCCGCAGCCGCAGCCGCAGCCGCAGCCGCAGCCGCCGGCUACCGAAGGCGCUCGCGUGGAGGCUACGGUCGGCGCGGACGCCCCGGGCCGAGGCUCGUCGGCGUCGGGGCGGUGGUGGGCGGAGGAGGAGGCGGAGGAGGAGGAGGACCGGCGCAUCGCCCGCCGGCGUCGUGCGUCCGCUCGUCGCCCCCCCGCCGACACGCCCGGCCCCGGCACAGGAACGUGGAAGGCGGCGGCGUCGGCGGCGAUGAAGACGGCAGGAGCCUCGUGUACAGGGACUGCAUCUCCCACCGGCGCGUCAGCUCCCUCCGGGCCCCCCACUCCCAGCCCCUGGCCCUCUCCUCGCCCCCGCCGGGCGAGGAGUCACGGACGCUCCCUCGCUGCUCCACGCAGCUCCGGCGGCAGCAGCAGCAGCAGCAGCAGCGGCAGCAGCAGCCGACGGCGAUGAUGGAGCCGACGGAGCCUCCGACUCCUCCACCGCAGCGCCACCACCAGCAUCAGUCGCUCCACGCCUACUCUCAGCAGCAGCAGCAGCAGCACCUCCAACAACAACACCAACAACACCACCACCACCAGCACCACCUCCUCCUGUCCCAACCGGAGCUGCUGGCGGCGGUGAACCUCGCCUCGGAUCAGUCGCUCGUGGGCCGACACCGCGACAUGCUUGCGGGCGGGAUGGGAGGCGGAGGGCUUGCCCACGGCCACCACCACCACCAGCACCACCACGACCACCACCAGCACGACCACCACCACCAGCACCACCAACAACAACAACAAUCGCACGCUGCCGGACACGCUCCGUUCCACCACGCGGCCGCGAAUUCCGCUUCGUCGCUACUCUUGCCCGUCGCCGCUUCAGAGGAGGAGGAGGAGGAGGAUGCUGAUGCGGAGGAGGACGCGGAGCUGCUACUGCUGCGGCAGAGUCAUCAUCAUCAGCGGCAGCGGCAGCAGCAGCAGCAGCAGCAGCGACGGAGGCUGCAGCUGCAGCGGCAGCGGCAGGAGGUGCAGGAUGAGGAGGAGGGGAAGUCGGGCACGAGCAAGAUCGACAAGUACGCUCGCAUUGUGUUCCCCGUCACAUUCGGGGUGUUCAACAUGGUCUACUGGAUGGUCUACCUCUCGAAGAACAGGCACGGGCCGCCCAGAGACUCCCUCUGAGA